CAACUCUGGCGAUAAAUUUUCCCUUAAAAGUCCGCACCGCAUACUAUACAGUACGUAUACAGUUCUAACCCGUGGUACUGACUUCUCAUUGAUUCUUUUGAUAACGACUUGAAAAAUGAAAAAGAUGCUUGUUGCUGCGUUCUAUGCGCGCGCACUCCGCACCCGCAAAUAAACACGGCACAUAACCUCAAAAUACAAAAGUCAGACGCACGGUAAGGCUCCACUUAUUUGCUCACGGGAGUUUGAGAAAAAGUAAAUCAGCGGAAGAGCUAUUUGACCGUAAAAAUGGUAAAGAUCGGUAUCCAAAUAAAGGCGACAUUAGAAAACAUCGACGAGUUGAGCGCUCCGGGUCGAGAUUUUUCGUGGUGUUUGAAGUUCACGUGUUCGAAUUGCGGUGAAGUAUCGGGAAAAUGGAACGACGUUUCUUUGAGCGAAGAAUUUGAAGAAUCGCACGGAAAGUCGGUGAGCCAUUUUGUAAACAAAUGCAAAAUGUGUUCGCGGGUAAAUAGCGCAUCGAUAUUGGAGGACACGAUAAAGCCCUACACGUCAAAGGACGAAGGGAAUUUCAAAACGAUCAUAGUUUUCGAUUGCCGAGGAAUGGAGCCGACUAAUUUUUGGGCAAGGGGUGGAUGGGCGGCGAAAGCUUCGGAAGACGGAGAAACGUUUAGUGACGUUGAUUUGACGGAUGGAGACUGGGCAGAUUAUUCCGAAAAGACAAAACAACCCGUGAGCAUCAGCGAAAUUGAGCACAAAUUUGUGAGAAUAAAGUAAUUAGAACUCGAACUUGAGAUUGUAAUAAAACCUUGGAAAAAACAAA